AUGAUUAAGUCGCCUGUCCUCUCUGCACUUUGUGCAGUUGCCUUCGUGGGGCCUUCAUCGGCCCAAUUCUUGGCCGACGAAAAGUCCCCCAAGCAGAUCCUCACCAAGCUCAAGGAGCUGCACCUGGGGGAUGAGCACCGCGCGGGGAGCGUGCCCAGCGCUGCACGCGUGAGCGCGCUGCAGCGAGAGCUCAGCACCAUCUACCAGGCGCUCCCAAAGAACCACCGAGGCGCGCUGCGUCCCAGCACUGCCCGCUAUGCGCUGCACCGCCUCUUCGUGGAUCGCCACGGUUGGCACUUCACUGGUCUUGCGCCCAAGGGAGAUACCUGGGACAGCAGUUCACCGACCAGCGCCCUGGGCCGCGUCCCGGAGGAUGUGAGCCGCUUGUUCCAGAGCCAACUGACUCAGCAUGGUUUGGACCUGCAUGACUUGGCCACGCUGGCUGCGGUCAUGGAGAAUAUGGUGCAUUCCGAAGCAGAUGUACGUUUGGCUGCCAGCUUUGAUGCCCUUCGUGUUCCCCUGGAUCAGAGUCUGAGUGUCAACGAGUCCAUGGCCAUCUUGGAGAUCUAUAUGGCCAGCUUUGUCAUGGGCUCCGAUGCCCAGCAGUUGUCCAGAAGCAAGAUGUUUCAGAAGCUGGACGACGUCCAUGAGCAGUACCCCACUUGGCCCAACACGGUGUCCUUCGUGCAGCAGAUCCGACAGGAGGUGGCACCGGGACUCGUGAACUUCACAUUCUCCCAAUUGUCCGCCGUGGUCGCCGCUGCGGGCGAACGCUAUGGCCGGUGGCAAAGCCAGGAGUGUUCGGAGCUCAAGCACCAGUUGCUGCAGCAAGAGGAGCAUCCCAACACGGGACGUGUGCGCUUGAGCGACUUCUAUGCCAUGGCCGUUCGUGGAGGCCACUGGCAGUUCAGCGAAAGCGUGGCGUAUUUGCGGCGUUUGGGGGCACUGGAUGAGUCAGACCCCAAGGUGAUGCGUGUGAUCGUGCCGAACUACAUCCUGGGGCCCUCCAACUGCAUCGCCUCGUCAGGCUAUGUGGCGGUGUGCUGCAUCGAUGAGUGCGAAGCCAAGAUGCGGAGUUUGGAGGAGCAAUUGGGAACUCAUGAGGCCACGGUGCCGCAGAUCCUCGGCAGCCUCAACCGCUCCAGCGUGGUGCCUCCAGCGCUCCGCCGGAAGCUGCAGGACGUGGCGCAGCACCACGGUGGACAGGUGCCGUUGCAUGGCCGGCUAUUCCAGCAAUGGAUGCACCAUGCCUAUCCACAAGAAUGCCCAUUUCCUCACAUGUCAGGCACUAUCCACCCAUUGCAUCCCGAGCUCUUCGAAGAGCAGGUCGGUGAGCCGGUGGGUGCCUCCCAGGAGGAGAUGCUGCAGCAUGUGGAGGGGGCCAGCUGGAAGAAGGCUCCUGACUUCGAAGAAGGUCUUUGCUCUAGGAUGUGGACCAUGGAGGAGGAGUUGGUGGAUCCCACGCCGCGCGCUGACGGCCCGGUGCGGCUGGGCGCCGGCGGACGGCUGGGCGCCGCGGCGCGGGGCCUGGCGCUGGCGCUGGCGGUGUCCUCGCUGGCGGUGACCAUGGCGAAGAUCGUGACCUCCAUGAGGCCUACAAGCCUCAAGCCCACUGCCAGCAUGGGUGCUGCGGCCCGAAUCUACAGCGUGUGA